GAGGAACUCACUUCUUGAUCUUUCAUGAUUACACCAAUAGGAGAUCAGCUCCCUCGCUUGCAGACUGGUUCGGCAGAUCUCGCUCUGACCAGAGCAGAAUGGACUUCAGCCAGAAAGAUCCUGAGAUCAUAGACUUCUUGAUGAUCUCUGCCUUCCGAUUGAUGACUGAGUGCAAAGCCUUCGAUCUGGAGUCAAUUCUUGUUCUGGGAGACGGCAAUCACCUCUUAUCAAUAGGAGAGAUGGAGGCUUUAAACCGCAAGUUUCCUUAUCGUGGUAUACUCCAAGGGUCUUCCGCCGCUCGUGAUCUCCGAGUGCGGAUGGCCGCUUUGUUGCCAGAGGUCAUUCAACGUAUCCAACAUUGGUGGGAAAAAGUGUCGCUGGGAAAGGUCUGGAUGACACUGUCGAAGUUUGGCUUCAACUCCGAACACCUCAAAAGAAUGGUACAGAACAUGCGGCAUCUUGUUCCCACUAUGGAGUCUAUGCUUCAAGUGGAAGAACCUUUGAAACCUCUCGCAACGUCUGGGCAAGGCAUCAAGGCUGAUUCGAAGAUGAAAGAGACAACAAACCGAAAAGUCGUUCAAGAUGUUGAGACGUCAGUGGCAAAGAAGGAGAUGAGGUUAGGGUUGAGAUCAACGGUGCCAUCCAAGAACGACAAGGCAAUAACAAGCAGGAGAUGAUCGAUGUCUCAUUAGAAAGUAA